UCCUCCUCCUGAUUUGAGGUCCAGAUCCGGUCGCAUCCCAUAGACAGCUUGGAAAUUCAGGUUAACAAGCAACAAGAAAUAGCUAUAUAGUGUUAUAGUAUUAUUUUGAAAAGGCGCUGGAAUUACCCAAACCCGUCAGCUGCUGGUCAUGGGGGACAUCAAGAAAGGGAAGAAGGUGUUUGUCCAGAAAUGUUCACAGUGUCACUCAGUGGAAGAGGGGGGACGCCACAAGGUGGGACCCAACCUGUGGGGUCUGUUUGGGAGGAAGACAGGACAGGCGCCCGGCUUCUCCUACACACAGGCCAACAUUGACAAAGGUAUCAUAUGGGACGAGGAAACUCUGAAUGUCUACCUGGAAAAUCCAAAGAAGUACAUUCCCGGCACCAAGAUGAUCUUCAGUGGGAUCAGAAAGAAAAAGGAAAGACAGGAUCUUAUAGCUUAUUUAAAGGACGCCACCUCCUAACACGCUGACACCAUAGAACACACAUACAGCUGUAGACAGAGGCAUUAUGCUGUACAUUCACAGUGUGCUCUUUGUUUUAAUUUUGAGUUCAUAAUUUACAAUAUUGUUUUUUAUUUAUAGGACAACAUUUUGUUACAUUACAACAUCGCUGUCUCACUGUUUUUGUGUGUGUAGGAGACUGUUUUUAAUUAUCAUUCCUGCAGCUUCUGGGUUUUCCAGUAACGUUUCUGUCAGGGCAGCUUUCCUCUGGGCUUUUCUAAAAACUGAGUUGUUUACUUAAAAAUGUACUGCCACUUGCACAGAAAUAUGGUUUCACACACUUUGCAUUUUUGCCACUUUAACUCUUACCUCUUACCAUAACUGGUUUUUGAGGUUAUUUUUCUAUUGUAUUAUGUCUAGUAUUUUCUAAGUCUCUGUCUGUUUAUAUAUAAUUUUCUUCUUGCAGGCUAAACGGGUAAACUUUGAACACGUGUUUGUGUUAAAUGGUGUUGGACAGACUACUUAAAAUUUUCUGACUUUUAUUUUUAUAAAGUUUCACUUUUAAAAUGAA